CUUUUUCCAAACAUCUUCAAAUAGAAGAGUAGAAGUAUAAGCAAUUCAAUAAAGAUAAUAAUGAUUGGUAGCAGUAUCAUUCUGAAAACUUGUUUUGUCAGCAAAGAUGGGCAUCACAGGAGAGCUAGUUAAGAGUGUCUUCUCCAAGACCAGGUCCAUUAAAACUCAUGAAAACAAUAUUAAAAACAGUGUUGUAGAGAGGAAAAAAUGGAAAGCAUCAGUAAAGUUGUACCUGUGUGGUGAUGAAUUAUUGGAUUCGGUUUUAGCAGAGGAAGAUUCAACUUCUGUCAAGAGUUCAGAAGCCAGUGUUAUGCAGCAGAUUCUUCAUCCUGAUGAUAGCCAUAUUAGUCAAGAUACCGUGAAACACGAAAAUGGAGAUCAAGAUCACAGCAGUUUUAGCUCAACAUUACUCAAUCAGGAUGCUGCUGCGACCAUAAUACAGUCUGCAUUUCGAGGCUUUAAGGUCAGGUGUGAAAUAAACAGACAGACUGCAAGUUUUCAGAAUUUCUUUGUAGGGGAAAUGAAGAGUCCAGACAGGGAAUCUUUGGCUACAUCUAUUGAAGUUUUAACUGGAAAUUCGACUGAUGUCGUCUCUAUACAAGGCGAAGCAUCUUCUGUUUGUACCAAACAACAGUAUAAACUCAAACCUCCGCUUUUUAAACCAAAGGAAGAUUGGGAUGAUAGCACACUAGACAGUACCAGCUCGAAAAUGAAAAUUCAGAACAGAUUAGAAGCAAUGACACGACGAGAAAGGGCGCUCGCAUAUGCUUUCUCCCAACAGUUAAGAGUCUGUUCAAAGAAGAAGCAUACAAAAUCUGACGACACAGAAUCAAAUAUGGGCUGGAGCUGGCUUGAGCGAUGGAUGGCUACUCGUCAUAUAGAAGCUUCGGCAGCAGAAGAUCGCAGCUGCAAAGAAUUGAACAACAAUGAGGCAGCAACAAGUACAAUAAAAAGGCAACCUUUUCUGAGGAAGAAGUUUCUAGAUCUAUCAUUUGAAGAGAAGGAGAGUUGUGGUUCCAAUGAGGUUCCUGUUCAGCUUAUCAGUUCACAAAAUCAAGAGAAGAAAGAUAAAGAUAACAGGCCAUGUGUUAGAAACAGGCUUAAAGCUCCAAAAAGCAUCUCCAGAAGGAAAACUGUGCCUACUUAUCACUAUCAGAAAGAACAUUUAGAGGUUAGCAAAAAGGAAGAAAGAAAGGAUGGAGGAAAGGAUAAAAGACAGAAGCGACAAAAAUCAGAAAGCAACAGUGUAUGCAAAGAUGAAGCUUCUUGGUUUCCAUCAACUUAUUCCGAAUCUGCUCAGAUGUCUCAGAAUUCAAAAUCAGAACCAUGAAAUGGAAACCAUUUGUUGAUAAAUGUUUAUAUCAGAAAAUAUGCAUGUGUUUCCAAAUAGCCUGUAACUAUGGAUCCAGUCUGACUCUUGUAAAUGGUACUUAUCUAAUAGUAUAAAUAUCAUCAUCUGAGCAUGUAACUUGGAUUAAAUCACACUAUCAUCUAUACAUUUUUCACCACUAACUACGAAUUGUUAUCUGCUAAAUUACACUGGUUUAGCAUCGCAUGUGCCAGUGGAUUCAGGGUUCGGAGUUCCACGGGCCCCAACUAAUGG